AUGGACACGUUGGACAUCCCCGAACCCCAAGUACUCGGGCACUAUCCCAAUGAUGAGGGAGGCAUGUUCUGGCACCACCGCAUUCUGGUGAAAAAGGUCGCAGCGGGGGCGUGGAUAGCUAUCACCCCCGACCUGGAGCUGGUGCGUCACAACCUCUUAGAGCAGCGCCACCUGGUCCUGGACCGCAAUAUGAUGUUCCCUGCGGAUCGCCGAGCCGAAGUUUACGGCUUCGACCCUGCGCCUCGAGCUGAGAUUCUGGCUUUGAGGAGGCAGGCCGCAGUUCAGGCGGCAAUUUUGGGCGACGGCGACCAUGACGCUGGGAUGGAGAAUUUCGCUUGGGUCAUCGCGGAGGUAGAUCACCCUAAGUUUGCCCAGCCCCAGGUUGAUGCAGAGUCGGACCUGACCACCUUGGGCCAGUCCAAGGGCAGGGUUCAGGGCAACCAACUGCAGGAGUGGAAGGCCGCGCGCAGCUCGGAGGGAGAAGACCUCCGUACUCUGGGCGACCAUCGGGACUCCGCAGGCCGCCGUCAUCUCCCGCUUUCGGAUGCUGUGUCUUUGAUGCGCGAGACGAGCGUCGACGAAUGGGCCAUGCCUGGGCCACGAGUUGCUAAGGAGUGGCUUGUCUCGGUUCGGGAUGGCCCUAGAGAUCUUUCCUCUUACCACGGGCAGUGGGCUCGCCGUUCGGGAGUCAGUGACUCCUCGGCGGUGGCCCACGUUCAUUGUGCGCAGUGCGAGUCGGUUCGGUUGGCCAUUCGGACGGACCAGCUCGGUGCGACGAACCUGCCGAGCUCCGAACUCAUCAUGCGCAGGAUCUGCCAGGACGAGACCGCGGUGGCUCGCAACCCUCGCCAUCCUGACUACGGUGGGCAAAAAACAUUGCUUCACGCUCCGACCACCGAGCAGGGCCAGGCGAGCACGAACAGGUUCACGGAGUGGGUCACGGGCCGUCUCGAGGAGCAGGCCGCGAUCUACAGGCAGACUCGGUUGUGGAACGAGGAGCACUCGGGCUUGAGUUUCGAGCAGCGACAGCGAGCACUCUCGGCGCGGGCUUCGCUCAACCACCUCGCUGCUGCCCAACCGAAUUCAAAUAGUUUCUGCCGGGCUCGCCAGUCAUCUCGGGCCCCGACUGCCGUUCAGGAAUGGAUAUUGGACAGCAUUGCGGAGCGCGCUGCCGCUGUGGGGCCCCCCCCGCCUGGCCUGACGGCCGAGGGGGCCGCUCGCGAGUUGCUGGCUUCCAAGGACCUGUACUGCCAGGGGCCGAAGAACCUCGCGCCGUUCGAUCUGACAAAGCUCAAGGUCGCAAAAGGGCGCGCUCGGCCUCGCUCUGCGGCUAACUUCUUGCCACCCUUGCCUGCGGACAUGAUCCGCAACCCCGCGUUGUACAUCGAGAAGGAUGAGGGGGAGAUGGAGUUCAUGCGCCAGCACACCGAUCCUAUUCGUCCUUACUGGGAUCCCGUGCUUCGCUCGAGUCGGACUGAGCGUUGGCGACUCUUCAGGGUGCUGCAUGAGCUGGAUCUGAUAACGUUCAGACGUCGUCUCCGAGCUCGCGCUGCCCUUUUCUUUGUAAAGAAAAAGAAACCAGGUGAUAUUAGAAUGAUUGUGGACGCUAGACAGGCCAACUCUUGUCAUCGUGCCCCUCCGACUUCAAGACUCGGUUCAGCUGGGGCCCUGGCGGACCUCGACCUCUCCGUGGGUGGCGAGUCCGUCGACGGCGUCGGCAGCGCGGUGGGCUGGGACCCCCACGGGAACGAGGCCGAUGUCGAGGACUGCUUCUACAACUUCGCCAUCGAUGGCUUGGCGGAGUGGUUCGGUUUCGACGACCCGCUGCCCGCCGCCGAGAUCAGGGGCACUUACGGCAUCAAUGUCGGAGCGUUCUGGGACCCCGAGCUGAGCAUGAUGGUCUCCGUGAAAGAUGACAUGGUCUUGUACCCGUGCAUGCGUGCUACGUGCAUGGGGUGGUCUUGGGCUCUGUACUUUGCGCAGGAGGCCGCGUCGGCUAUGACAGAACGGGCGCUGCGCUCGCCGUCCCUGCCGACGCCUGCCAUGGUGAAGGAGCACCAUCCCGCCCCCGACUUGAGAGAGUCCAAGGUCAUGGGCAGCGUCUACGUGGACAACAUCACCAUCUUCGGCAGGGACGCCUCUCUAGCCCGUGAGGCAAGCUCCGCCCUACAGGCUGAAGCUGAUCGAUCUGGAUUGCCUAUCACGUGGUCCUAUCCUGAUGUGGUGACCCACCUCGAGACCGUGGGCGUUGAGAUCGUCCUCAAGAAGGGGAAGCUGCGCAACAAGGCCUCCCGAGUCUGGUUAGGCCACGCUGUGUCGCUGCUGAUGCUGGCCAGGCCGGGGUACGCCGCGCUCUCGGCCACGCACCGGUUCGCCGAGGUCGCCCGGGGUGUUCGGACCCCCCUCCCGCGCGAGGUCAUGCACGAGAUGAGGCUGGUCGCCGGACUGGUCUGGCUCGCGGAGGUCGACCUAGCUGCGGCCUACGUGCCGCACGUCUACGCCAGCGCCUCCGCCGACAACGGGCACGGCCUGAUGUACAAGAGGGCCUCGGACGAGGAGAUGCAGUCAGCCUUCCGCUGGAAGGAGAAGUGGAGCUUCAAGCAGCACCUCCGAGGCCCCCGUGUUGGCCUGACCUCGGCCGCUGAUGUCGCUGAGAUGGGCGGCUACAGGGAGGUGGACGAGGCGCAGCUGGAUUACGAGGUGGAGCCCCGUUGCCGCUCCGCCGAGCCGAGCGCUGGCUCUGCCCCUGCCACGGCCUUCGGCCAGUGGCUGCAGAGCAGGGCGGAGGAGGGCUCUGACUCCGCCGGGUCUCACCGACCUCGCCCUCGCCGUCUGCGGCGGCGCCCAGUCGACCCUGGGGGCCCCGACGCCGAGUGCCUCAGCCAGGCGGCCCCCCUGGCGCCGCCGCUGCCUGCCUCCUGGUUCGACCCGGAAGGCUUCAAACUGGUCGCGGCGAGGCGCUGGCGCUGGCCUGGAGAGCACAUCAAUGUGAAGGAGACCCGCGCUGCGGUGAUGGGGCUGCGGCAUGCCUGUCGCGUCCGCCAGAAUUGCGGACGCCGCCUAGUUUCUCUCGUGGACUCCAUGGCAUGUGUUGGCUGCCUGGGCAAAGGGCGGCCCAGCCGCUCAGCAGCUCUGAACGCGCAAUGCCGGCGAGCUGCGGCCUACACCAUCGGCUGUAGAGCGCGUUGGAGGCUGCGGUAUGUCAACGCGAAGUUUAACGUGGCCGACGCUCCAUCUCGUCGGUUCGAGCACAACUCCCCCGACAAAGGGCAUCCGCCCGCCGCGGCCGAGAGCGACAAGCAUCUGGGCCCGCAGCCUCCCGAGGACCAGGGCUUCUUGGAGCUGUUCUCGGGCGAGGGUGGGCUCUCCAGGGCGUUCGAGGAGCUCGGCUCGUCAACUUACCCCUGCAUGGACAUCAAAGAUGGGGCUCACCACGACCUGCUGGACCCGAAGGCCCAGAACAUCAUCUUAGAGGCAUGGGCCCUGGCCGCAGGCAUGUCGGCGCCCGCGGUGGCCCGCAACGGCCCCGACGCACCGGACGGCGGGGACCUGGAGGCCCGGCUUCGCGAUGCUGCGCGACGGCCGGCUUCGCGCGCCCGCGAGCGUCUCCGACCAGCUCGGCAGCGGCUGCAAGCGGAGCCUGACCUCGGGCUCGCUGGCGCCGCCGACUCGGACGGGCUCGAGAGCAGGUAUGACCACCUGCGGCCUUUCAUCGUCUUCGGUCAGGACUCCAACCUCGAGGCGAUCAAGGGCCGCAGCCUGAGCUUCGGUCCGAGGGCGCCUGUCCCUGCGCAUGGGGGCGCCGCCCGCUUCGGCUCGAUCACCUCGACGUCGCUCGAGCGCUAUGGGACCGCA